CAUCGUUCAACUACAAACUUUAUUUUGCUUCACCUGCGAACGCGCUCUUGUUUAUUCCUGUUCCCACUUGUUCGUGUGUCCUGCGACCGGAAUCAGUCUCAAAGAACUGCUUCGGAGACAAUACUUUAGGAAAUGGAUGACAUAAAAGACGUCACCGUAGAGCCUCUGACUUCGUCGCAGUUUGUGAAGCCUUAUCGAAUGCAUUACAAACAAAAUAAUGUGGAGAAAAUCUGGGAUCUAGUUAGUCUUCACGAGAGUGUUUCCAUUAUUAUUUUCAACACAGAUAGAAAGAAACUUGUUCUUGUAAAGCAGUUUAGACCAGCUGUGUAUUAUGGUGGAAUACCACGGGAGGAGCGGAAACUGGGGAGCACGGACACGAACAAAUACCCAGGGUCAGCAGGAUUGACCAUAGAGUUCUGUGCUGGUAUUGUUGAUAAAACUAAAGAUUUAGCAUUAACUGCAAAGGAAGAAGUGUUGGAAGAGUGUGGAUAUGAGGCACCACUGGAAAGCUUUGAGAAAGUGUUGAAAUACAGAUCUGGAGUGGGAGUAUCAGGUGAUCAGCAGACUAUGUUCUAUGUGGAAGUAACAGACAAGAUGAAAGUAUCAGAAGGAGGAGGAUUAGCAGAUGAAGGAGAAAUGAUAGAAGUUGUGGAAAUGUCCAUACCAGAAGUUCAACAGUACCUGAGUCAGUCGGAAGUGAACUCGCCCGGGGGCCUUCUUUUUGGACUUAUGUGGUUCUUGAAUAACAAGGCUCCGAAAGAAUAGCAUUUAUUUGACUGGCCAUAACCUAGAUUAUCAGGAGUGCUUUUUCUUCUUCUUCUUCAACUUUUUCCUUUCUCUGUAUCACCUUGAGUGCUGAACAUUCUGCAGAUGUUGCGAGGGUGCAAGUUUUAGCACUUUUUUUUUUAGAGAUACUGUAUUAUGUAUUUACUCCAUUUGUGGGAACUAUGAUGUGCAUUGCUGUAGAACUCACGUGUUACCUGGAGAAAUAUGCAAAUGCAAUAACAGCUCAGGAGUUUGGUUAAGCUAUCUUAUCUCUUAGAGGAUGAAACACCGUGAUUGUUUUCAGAAGUGUGUAUGCACUAGAUAGAACAUGGCAAGUCUAAAAUAUAAAUAAAUUAAUUAAUAAAAAAAACUUUCAAACUGUACACAUUAGAAAAAUUCAAAUUAGAAUGAUUUAAGCUGAAAAUAGUUGUGCAUUAAAUCAGACAGAAAAAAAAACAUGCACUUUUCCCAUCCUGUGUGCACAUGAAGCUUUGAACUUUCCUGUUUCUUUGAGGUAAUUAACAUUUACUUAUAUACUGUGUCACAGGUUAAAGUUAUACUUUGUAAGAAUACAGUUUUGGUUCCUUGUAAGUAGCUCUUAUUUUGUUUCCAGAUUUUGAAAGUGAACCACGAUGAUAAUAUGAUAUUCUGUGCGUGAAGAUGAAUUUUAAAAUAGGCUUUUUAAAAUCAUUUAUAAAAGGAACCAGAGGAUAAGUUUUUUUUUUUUUACUUCUUCUUCUUCUUCUUUUUUAUCUUAUCUUAUUUUAUCUUAGAGAGUACAAAUUUUCUCAGUUUUAUUACCUGUACAUGACAGGUAUAGUGAAUAAAUGUAUGCAGUGAUAUAUUCAGUAAUGUUGAGGCGGGUGCCAGUAGUACCUCUGCAGCUGCAAAUGCUCUCCUUUUAAUGUAAUUCACAUUAAAAUGUCAAUGUUAAUGAUAGCAGAUGUCAUAAAACAAAAUAGACCUAUCUUAGGAAAUGAUUCAUAAUUGGACAUCCAUUCAGUAAAGGUUCACUUGAUAAAAGUAAUCUGUUGUGUUAAAAAAUUUAUAUAGUGGUACAAAAAUUGAUUUUUUUUGUUUCGUUUUAUCCUAGAAUUUUUCUCUGGACUAAUUUUCCCAUAAAGUACAGCAUUAUUCUUAUAGAAAGAUUUCAGAUGUAAGAAAAAUUGUGUGGAACAAACCAAAUAUUCACACAAUGUCCAGGGCUUCAUUUAUGUUGCUUAGUGUAAAAGUUAACAGGAAAAUACUUCAGGAGGAAAUAAGCUCUUUCUCAGGAACAGAAUAUAAAAACUACUUAAUGAAAUUUGCCUGCUGUAUUACUGUAUAAUCCACCUUUAAGCUUCAGUGUAUAAAAUGCUAGUUAAUAAUCCACUGUGCUCUUUAAAUUAUGCAAAUUCUGUUCCAGUCUGCAAUUUUUUCUUUCUUUUUCUUUUCUUUUCUUUUCUUUUCUUCUUCAAAAUACAUGGAACUCUUUUGCCUUGUAAGCCUUUAAUAUUUCCUCCACAUUUCUAAAAUAUAAAGCUUGAAUACUUACAUGCUUAGUUUAUUGAUUUUCUAAUUAUUGUUUAAGCCUUGAUGUCUAGCACAUUUAUUUGUGUUAACUAUUGAACCUUUAUUGUUUAAUUCAUUUGAAUGUUGUAAGUUGUCGCUUCUACCACAUAGUGCUUGGCUGCCAUAUUGACUGCAACAUGCUGGGUAAUAGAGAGAUGUGAUGGGGUAUCCUGUCAACACUAGCGAAGUGAUCAUUUCCAUGUUCAUUGCCAUCCCUAAUUUUUUUCUUCUUCCUCAAGUCACACCUCCAGGCGACAAAUACUCUUCUAUUGCAGUUGCAUACAAUUGUGAUGACAGAAAAAUGCUUCCAGGCUUUGGGAAAUUUUUCAUUUGUUACAUUAUGCUUGCAGGAUUUACCUCUUGGUAUGGAGAUGUAGGCUACUUGAUGCCACCCAAAUUACCAGGCUCCUUGAACAUUCUUCAUUGCUCACAUAAAGCCCUCUUGGUCUAGUAUGUGUCUCCUUUGGUCUGUGUCAUUAAUGUAGUUGCUUCCUGGUGUAGUGCCUGAUUUUAUCACAGAUCAGCACCAGUGGUAUCACUACCCACCAUCAAAAUGCCCACCAGUGGUUAUGUGCUUUCUUUGUUGUCUGGUCCAUUUCCACUUAUAUUUGCAAGAAAACUGCCAUCUGCUGUCUUGCAAUCCACAGAUUUUCUACCUCACUUGUCUGAUAUUUGAACAGCUCACUCAGUGACUGUAGACUGCUAUCGUAAUAGCAUCACUUCAUUAUCUUUGCAUCACUUGAGGGGCAAUUAAGUUCAUUUGUAAAUGUUGGACUGAUCAUAUGGCUCCCACUGUUGCAAUAUUGACAUUUUCUCCUGUUUGUGCAUAUGCAUAAAUAUCCUUCAAGCAGUAUAAACUUUACUAUUUCAUUCUUCCUUUUCCUUAUUUUCUUACAUUCACUAUAAACCCAAAAUUAUACAGAAGACAAUAUUAUGAGUAACUUGUACUAUCUAUGAGUCUCCAUUUUUGGUAUAAAAUUUUGUAUUUGUAAAAUGAAUAGUAACAUGUUUCUUUAAUUCAUUACUUAGCUUUUCAUCUUCUAUUCCCCUUCUAGCUUCCUUUCAUUCAGUCUGAGCUACAAGUGUCUCACAGAGUUACAGCAUUUAAAUUAGAAUCUAUAUCACCAUGAAGCUGUAUUUCCUGUCAGAGAGACUUUCAAAAUACAAUGUGUUAUAUCUCAGGUCUUGCCCUUUCCUUGAAGGUAAUAACUUGUCAGGUAUGAAGUUAAUAAGAAAAUGUUUGUAUAUUAAGUUUGUGCAUUCUCUUUCUUCUGGUCUUAAUCCUUUAUGGACAAAAUAUGGCAAUUGUUGUUCUUGGGCAUGUGCAAAACGCCUGAUGAAACAAGUUGUUUAAAAAAUAUAUCAAUGAAUUAUCUAAAUAAGAAUGUUCUGAGCCUAUAAAAUGAACUUUAGGGCAGAUAAAAACCAUGAAAUGCAAGAUUUACAGCCAACUUUAUUUUGAUUGGGAAAUAAUUGUUUAAAAAAAUGAAAUCACAAUGCAUUAUUUAGCAGUUCAAAAAAACAUAAUCCAGUGCUAGUUGUUUAUGAUUUAGAAAGUUUGGUUAAUCAUAAAAAAGAAGCUUACUUACCUUCUCUACAACAACUGUGAGUCACUCUUGUAAUGAGAAGCAAUAAUUGAUGUAUGCAAAUGUUACAGAUUCCCAGCAAUUUACAUUUUCUUUAUGCAUUUACAGAUGUUUCUGCUGUUUUAUUUAAAGAAAAACAAGUUGAUAUUUUUGGCCAAAAGUUUUAAUGGUUGGGCCAAUGCUACUUAAAUACAUCGUAUUUGCAAAUUCAUGUUACACAGCUCUCUAGGCACAAUAAAGAAAUCACGUCAGUAAAAUAUUUGAAAAUAUACAGUGCAACAAAGGUUCAUGAGUGUAGAUACUGAUGUACCAAAUUUAGCUUAUGCUGUAUCUAAUUGGCUUUAUUUGAAUGCUUACUCUAUUCCAUUUUUGUGCCAUUUGCUUCACAUUUCAAAAAAAAUCAGAAGGCUCCUCAUGUGGUAUUUUUAGAUGGUACUUGCAUAUACUUAUGUUUUAGUUGUUCUUAUUACUUUGUAUGAGCUACUAUCAGUAUUUUUAUUUAGUUUGUAAGAACUUGUUUAAUUAGUUUCAUGUACUUAAAAGUGCAGGUGAUGAUUUUCUUUCAUUUUACUUCCAUCUUGGAUUUUAAUACCACACUGAUACGAUAUUACUGUAGUAUGCAUUUAUUUGUUUUAGAUCUUGGAACAACAAACAACAGAUUUCAGUAUUAAUCUUGUUAUAGAACAUUCCUAUCAGAUUAUCCUACAGUUAGAUUUUAUUAAUUUUUCAUUUCAUACCAGUUUACAAAUACCAUGAUAUUUAUGGAAUCUUAAUUUUGUAUUUGAUUUAAAAGGUGCUUAAAAAUCAUGAGGAACAGCUUUUUAAAAAACGUAGUGUGUAGUUGCCAAAUAUGCACAGGAAAAAAUCAUUAUUAUAUGACAGCUUGAUGCACAAGAUUUAUUUUUUAAUAUUUGUAUUGCAUACUGUAUGUUAUAAUAGAAGUGUAGUUUUUGGAAGCA